CCUAUGGGUGAGUUAUAAGCAGAAGACGUACAGCGCAAUACGUGUGCAGUAUAAUAAUGCUUUCAGAAUGCUCUUGGGGCUGCCGUGGCGCUGCAGCGCGUCAGGUAUGUUUGCCGAAACGGGAACAAAUGACUUCUACGCAAUAAUGCUUAAAAAAGUUACUUCUCUCAUGAACAGAGUUUACGACAGCCACAAUAGCAUCUUGAAGGUUGUAGGGGCGGUGUGGAUUACACAAGGGGCCGCAGAAAUGUAUUUUAUUCUACUAGCAGCCCUCCUGGGCUCAGCUGCCACAUCAGUAUUACGGCAAGGCGAUACAACUAAUGAGGAAUACGCCGCCCGCUACAACCUACCCAGGGAGACCACACCAACUUUUUAUGACGUCACUCUUUACUUCGACCCAGACAACGAAGCCUACUUCUACGGCAAUGUAUCCAUCAGAAUCGUACCUAACAGAGAGACCAGCGAAAUCGUCCUCCACGCCACGGAUAUCACUGUCGACGAUAUUGAGGUUUUAACAACAGUGAAUAAUGUUGCUAACACAAAUAUUUACAACGACCAUAGCUUGGCUACGGACGACACUCAUUUUCUCAGGAUUAACGUAAGCCAGCCUCUCCUGACAGGCCAAGUGUAUAUCGUUAACAUCAACUACAUUGGGCAAUAUGCCACCAACAUGUUUGGAGUAUAUAUCUCGACUUACGUUGAAAAUGGGAUCCCACGAAAAUUGGUCACCUCUCAACUUCAACCGACUUUUGCUCGCCGCGCCUUCCCCUGUUAUGAUGAACCCGCGAUCAAAGCAAGAUUCAAGACCAGCAUUGUCGCACCUGAGAGUUACACUGUGAUCAGAACCAACAUGCCGGAAAUUGGAAAUGCAACGGAACCAGGUGGUUGGGUGAGACACGAAUUCGCUGUCACAGAAGUCAUGUCCACUUACCUACUGGCCUACUUGGUGUCCAAUUUUGAGCACGUGUCAAACGAAGGAAAUCAGAUAUACCGAGUCCCAUUCAAGGUGUUCUCUAGACCGGGGACGACUGACUAUGCCGCAUUCGCUAUGGACUUUGGCCAGCGGAACAUGAUCGCCUUGGAAAGUUACACGGAAUUCGAUUAUGUCUUCCCGAAACUUGAUAAAGCAGCUGUGCCCGACUUCGCUGCCGGCGCUAUGGAGAACUGGGGAUUGGUGAUUUAUAGAGAAGCAGCUCUCCUGGUACAAGACGGUGUGACCACUACUAGCACCAGGCAGAACGUGGCCAGGAUCAUCACCCACGAGAACAUGCACAUGUGGUUCGGCAACGAGGUCAGCCCCUACUCCUGGACCUACACUUGGCUCAACGAGGGCUUCGCAAACUUCUUCGAGAGUUUCGCCACGGACAUGGUGCUUCCCGAGUGGCGUAUGAUGGAUCAGUUCGUGCUCAAUGUACAGAACGUGUUCCAAAACGACGCUGUUCUAAGCAUCAACCCAAUGACGCAUCCAGUGUUCACUCCUUCCCAGGUCUUGGGCACUUUUAACGCCGUUGCUUACCAGAAAUCUGGUUCCGUGAUACGUAUGAUCCAGCACUUUAUGACUCCUGAACUAUUCCGCCAAGCGCUUGCUCACUAUAUUAGAACUAUGUCCCGACAAGCCGCUCAGCCAGCAGACUUGUACCGGAGCUUGCAAGCGACUCUCGACAACUCCACCCACUCGAUUCCGUUCACCAUCGAGGCUGUAUUGACUCGCUGGACCAACCAGGGCGGUUUCCCAGUUCUCACUGUAACCAGAUCUGCACCCACUGCUAACUCGCUUGUGUUCGAACAGGAACGUUUCUUGACCGACCGGUCCUUAUCUUCCAAUGACCGUUGGCAUGUUCCCGUCAACGUGGUGCUGAACACCAACCCUGACUUCUCGGACACCAGACCCGACGGAUGGGUAGGGCUUAACUUCCCUGCUACAUCGCUUGACGUGCGCGGCUUGGACGGUGCUCAGUGGUACAUUGUCAACAAGCAACAGACAGGUUACUACAGAGUGAACUACGACGAAGCAAACUGGAGAGCGCUGACACAAGUAAUGACUUCCAAUCACAGCGCAAUCCACGUGCUGAAUCGAGCACAGAUCAUUGACGAUUCCUUUAACUUGGCCAGAAACGGACGCCUGUCCUACGUUCAUCCUUUGCAAAUCGCCACAUACCUGAGGAACGAGCUGGACUACAUACCAUGGGCGGCUGCUAACUCCGCGUUCAAUUACCUAGACGUCGUACUUAGUGGCACCAAUGUAUAUAGUCUCUUCCAGAGAUUCCUUUUAGAAAUGAGUGCCGCUUCGUAUGAGCGGCUCUCAUUCGAUGUUACCGCUAACGAAGAACACGUCACUGCUUAUCAUAGAAACAUAAUUUUGGACAUCAACUGCAGAAAUGGCAAUUCAGCCUGCGUCAAUAGAUCUAUGGAGUUGUUGGCACAGGUUCAAAAUGGCGGAAGUAUAGGACCUGAUAUCCAGACUGUAGUGUACUGCUCCAGUCUCCGUGGUGGAAGUGCUGCGAAUUUCGAUUUCCUUUGGGAGUUAUACCAGGGUACCGACGACUCGAGCGCAAGAACGAUGUUGUUGAAUGCUCUUGGUUGCACUGCGAAUCAGGAGAAGCGUGCAUUCUACUUGCAACAAAUCAUCGCGACCGACUCACCAGUUAGGGAGCAGGACAGACACACUAUCGCCGUAUCCGUCAUCAAUUCCGGAUCACAAAAUAUGGAUGUGGCUUUGGAUUUCAUUGUCGAAAACUUCAAUUUGAUUCAGUCCAACGUCCAAGGUUUGUCUGGAACUACUAACAUCCUGAACGCCUUGGCCCGCAGACUUACAACUACAUCACAUUCUCAAAAGAUUGAUGACUUAGUCAGUCGGCAUACAGCAGUCUUCACCGCUGGCGAGAUUGCUGCGAUAGCGGCCAUCCGAGAGAAUAUCGCAGCCUCAAUAUCCUGGAGUGAUCAAAACUUAGAACACGUAGAAUCUUGGAUCAUCAAUUACUAUACAGACAGCGCGUCUGCAAUGACAGCUAGCUUUUUAAUACUCCUGUCAAUGCUUGUAGCUUUGCUCAACCACUGA